AACGAGUGCACUCCUGUGUCUUUCCUUGCUCAUAGAAUUUUCUUUUCUGUCGUCGUCCUCCGUCGUCUAUAACUGUCCCUUUGAUUUUACAACGAUGUCGCUAAAUGCGCUCGAUGACGAUACGGUGCGUAGCAUGUCCAUCGGAGCCGUUUUCUCUGAUUUUGGAGGGAAAAUAAAUUCAGUUGAUUUCCAUAGAAAGGAUGACUUAUUGGUGACUGCUAGUGAGGAUGAUUCUGUUCGGCUUUAUGAUAUUGCAACUGCUAAGUUGCUGAAGACAACUUAUCACAAGAAACAUGGUGCUGACAGAAUAUGCUUUACGCACCAUCCUAGCUCUGUUAUUUGUUCCUCUAAAUAUAAUUUGGAUUCUACUGGAGAAUCCUUACGGUAUUUAUCAAUGUAUGAUAAUAGGUGUCUUCGCUACUUCAAAGGGCACAAAGACAGAGUUGUUUCCCUUUGCAUGUCUCCGAUUAAUGACAGUUUCAUGUCUGCUUCUCUUGACCACAGUGUCAGAAUAUGGGAUCUUCGUGUAAAUGCUUGCCAGGGAAUUUUGCAUCUACGUGGUAGACCUACAGUUGCAUAUGAUCAACAAGGUCUUGUGUUUGCUGUGGCAAUGGAAGGGGGUGCUAUUAAAUUAUUUGAUUCACGUUCCUAUGACAAGGGUCCCUUUGACACCUUUUUAGUUGGUGGGGACACGGCUGAGGUUUGUGAUAUUAAGUUCAGCAAUGAUGGCAAGUCAAUGCUUUUGACGACCACAAGUAACAACAUAUAUGUUCUCGAUGCAUAUGGAGGUGAAAAGCGAUGUGGGUUCAGUUUGGAACCGUCACCAAAUACAACUAUAGAGGCAACUUUUACCCCAGAUGGGCAGUAUGUGGUAUCAGGCUCAGGAGAUGGAACCUUGCAUGCCUGGAAUAUCAACAUGCGGAAUGAGCAGGUGGCGAGCUGGAACAGCCAUAUAGGCGUUGCAUCGUGCUUUAAAUGGGCUCCUCGCAGGGCCAUGUUUGUUGCUGCAUCUUCUGUUCUGACGUUUUGGAUACCUAAUCCCUCCAAGUCAAUUGGAGAGCCGCGUGCCAUGGAGACUGAAGGUGUAGCUCAACCUGAGAAUAUUUCUCAAUGAUGGAAACCAGGUCUUUCACUAUCUGCUUCAAUCAUCUUCUAUGCUGUCAAUCCUUAUCAACAUUGCUUGGGCCAAAAUUUUUGGUGUGCUUGAAUCGGCCUCCGUUUUGUAAAAUUAUAGUUUCUGAAAGUAAAAUAUCUGAUCUUCGUUUUCAAGGCUUUCCUGUUUUUUUGGACACACCUGAAUGAUAAAUAAGCUUUUACUACCCUGAGCUAUUGGUGGUGGAAUGCUGAGGAUGAGCAUACUUUAUGUAUAUAGGAGGGUUGAGCUAGUUAUUUAUACUCUUAUAUGGAAAAAUGCAAAACAGGAUUAGUUUUA